CCUUGGAUGUCCAAGCCUUUUCCUUUGCAAGGCAGAGGGAGGCCGUAAGAGACGCAGGCAAAAGACUACUUCAAGGCACCGAGGAAGGAUGUGGGCUCAUCCUGUUGGUUUUACUGUCCUGCCUCAUGUUGGAGGUUUCCUUGGCUGGUUCAUUAAUCGAAAAGAAAUACCGGGUUGGUAUGAGAAGCUGAAAAAACCCUCAUGGUGUCCAUCCCGCAAAAUAUUCCCUGUUGCUUGGACUGUCCUGUACACUGGCAUGGGCUAUGCCUCCUACCUGAUAUGGAAUGACCUGGGUGGCUGCAGCAGCAAAGCCAUCAUCCCACUUGGCCUCUACGGGGCUCAGCUCGCCUUGAACUGGGCUUGGCCCCCCCUCUUCUUCGGUGCACGUAACCUGAAGAUGGCGCUGAUUGACAUCCUGUGCUUGGACGGCCUGGCCGUAGGCACGGUGUGCUCCUGGUACCGCAUCAACAAGGUAGCAGCGAUGCUGAUGGUGCCUUACCUGGGCUGGCUGGCCAUGGCGACUUGCCUCACCAUCCGCAUCUGGAAGGACAACCCUGAGCAAAAACCAAGGAAAAGUGAAUAAGAGCAAGACAGGAGCGACGGCAUUUUGUGAAACGGAACUGUGCUGACGUGAACCAAGAUCUGAUAAUUCGUGGGAUUCAUUUUGGGACAGGCAUGAGAAUGUGCCUCCUCC